AUGUUGUCAAUCAGGACCAAACUUCUUUCUUCAGAAUGGAAGUCUAGUAAAUCUUGUCUUAAAAUAUCGCCAUCGUCGUACUCUAUUUUUGAAAUGAUAAAUGUAAGAGUAAGAAAUAUGUUUGAAAAG